AUAAACGUUACGGACUUUAAAAUCUCGCCAUCAGAGUGUCUAUGAGUCAGAAUGCCAGAUUCCGUACCACCCCCAGAUUACUCUGAAGUAGUCAAUGCUGAGAGAACGGAAGAGGUUAACGAGCUGUAUCCCUCUGUGCCACCUAGGAAUGAGGACUACUCGCGCAAGAAGGAGGAAUAUUUAGAUGUUGCAGAUGACGAAAAUGAAGUGGAUGGAAGUGACCCAAGCAAUGAGUCUAUGGAUACCAAGUCCCCAUAUUUCGAGGAGAUUCCUCCUCGUGCAGCAGAGAAGACCUACAACUUUAAGGACGCCGAGUUCUUCAAAACAAGUGAACGUAUACUAGAUGAUUUGAGAAAUGACCCAUUCUUCUUGCUGAGCGGAUUUGAUGUGUCGGGGAAAAUUGGAAAGGGAAUUCUAGGUGAGGAAACCGUUUACUACGCAGAGAGAUUACACGGGUUUAUCAAAAACUCGUCUAAGAAAUACCAGGCAUUGAUCCCGGUUUCCACGUUUGAGCAGCUGAACACGGCAAAGCCUGAGGAAUUGGAGGACGGAUGGAAGUUAUGGACCGUUAAUGGUAUCAUUGCUCCGUCGCCGCAAUUGUCCAUUCCCAAACACCCACUGUUCCAUUUUAGAAUUAAGAUCAAAGGAAAGGGAAAUGCCAUGCAUGUGAAACACAAGUUCUACAGCUUUGGUGAUAGCCAAUUGCUGGAACAAGACAAGAAAGAUUUAAUGUUGGACGUUAAUGGAAUCAAAAAACAGGCAUCUUUUGCGUCCGACGCAGAGCAAGAGUACAACAAUAGGGUUUUAGUGGAGUCAAUUCCGCAAAUAGUAGACUCGGCAAAUUACAUCUGUGAAUCUACUGGAACAAUUAUCAGAAUUGAGGUUUAUCCAUCAAUUUUCGAUUAUGAUGACCUCAAGCAUUUUGAGAAGGAAGAGAUUGAACUUAAGGUCUCGUCAUUUCUUUCUCAACUGCCAGAUAACGCUAUCGAUAAUUUUCAUGUUCCGUCAACGAUUGACUGCUUGAAUACAUUGUUCAAAGUUCUGAAAGGUCCUCUUACCAACUUAGACACAGACGAUAUAAAAACCCUCAAGCCAAACAAUUCCGUUGUCUUGAGACUGCAUUUACAAUUGGAGCUCCUGCCUUCCAAAUUGUUCUUCAGAGAAAUAAAUGAUGAGCUUCAGCCACCUCGAUUUUCGGAUUUGGGCCAGUAUAUGAAAGUUGGAUACGACUAUUACCUGAGGGCUCUGACAGAAGUUCUGUACCUAGGAUCUAUAUUUUCUCCAACCUCGGAGUUUUUCAAAAUCAAAACCACGUUUCAAUCUGAUAUGGCCCAAGUGUUCAGGAUUUUGAACGAGCCUGACUUGUCCAGUGAGCUACAGUAUUGGGAUAAAUUUCAGUACAUUACCGCUAUGACUGCUCUUAGUAUUUGCCCAUACUAUACGGACAACAUGAUCAUAGAUUGUUAUUCGAUUAUGACUAACCUGACUCCUGACAAUACGCCGGAGCUCUUUGAUGCCUUGACGUAUUGUGCUACAUCAAGACAAGGAAACGAUCUCUCAAUGUUUGUUGCCACGCUCAGAUCCAAGGGCGUGGUAGGUUUCAUGGAAUUGAGAAGCUGUUUCCAAAAGUUUGGCUUUGACAUCACGAACCCUGAGGUCGUACGGACUUUAACGGACGACCAACUCAUAUCAUCAUACAAAAAUAAUGUGAUUGUCAGCUCUACAAAGUACGAACGUUCGACAUUUAGAGAGGCCUUAGAGAAGGUUGGCCAAUACCGAGAAAGCACGAAAAUUCGGAAUUUUCUGGAUACGGAGCCCAUGUUUGAUGUUUCCGAGGCAUACGAAACCCUAGAAACAGAUCCAUCAGUGGACGAUGAUGUUUUAAUUACCGCUUUUCAACUUAAAGCGGAGGAUUCCGUUUACUACUCUUCUUUGUACGCUAGAGCGCUCAUGACCAUUGCGCUACAGAGAAAGAGCCCUAUGCUAUUUAGUUACAUCCACUCAAGCCUCCCACAAUUUGCUCAAUCGACCCCCUCGCUGCAGGAGGCAUACGAGCUGAUUGGCUGCGACCAGUAUGCAGACGACUCCUCAGUGGUUAGGAUUUUCCAGGAGAGGGUGGCCAAAGAGAUGAACGUUGAUUUCUAUCGCCUUUGGGUUUGCUUGAAGGUGAUUGGAGAGGCGAAGAAAUCCAAAUUGAUAGAGGGUUUUCUAAACUCAGGAGUCAUGGAUUCCAGACUACUUUCCGUGGAAAAAACGCCAGCCGGAUUGAAUAAUAUUGGAAAUACAUGCUACCUCAACUCGUUGCUGCAAUAUUAUUUUGUCAUUGAGCCUUUGAGAAGCCUAAUUUUGCAAUUCAACAAGACACUGAAGAGGCAUAAAGUUGAAAAUGAUGAAAACUACCUUGUCCGGAGAAUUGGAGGAAGGACUGUUGGAUACAAGGAGAUUGAAAGGUCCUACCAGUUCAUGUAUCAACUGAGGGACUUAUACGACAAGAUGAUUCAUGAGAAUACAAGAUGUGUCCAGCCGACUAGGGAACUUGCUUAUCUUGCUUUUAGUCCUAUAAGUGACGAGGUGGAGUUUGCAGAGGAUACAGUUGAACCAGAAGAUGCAGUGAUGGGUGAUGAUGAAGAGCAAUCCGAAGUUCAAGAGCAUGGGGAGGUGAGCAUUGAGUUGGUAGAAAAAGCAAAGCACGAUGAAGAGUCCCCUGAGACCAAGCUAGAUGAUCAUUCCAUGAUGGACGUGGAUGAGAAGAGUCCUUCAGCACAACAAAAGGCCACGCUUCACAGUGCUGCUACGGCGAAGAUUAGUGCAGACCAAAUCGAAAACGCUCUUGAGAUAGGAAGGCAGCAAGACGUGACAGAAUGUAUUGAAAACGUGCUGAUUCAAAUAGAAAGCGCUCUCGAGCCUGAAAAUUUGGACUCAGACAAUGAGCAGAUUGAUCUCGUCAAACAGUUAUUUUAUGGAAAGACAAAGCAAAUCUUGAUGCCCGUUGAUCCAGUGACCAAGGAGGAACUCAGUUCUGCUAGAGCACGGACAAAAGAGGAGAGAUUUUUGAACCUCAUUGUCAAUAUUGGUGAUCACCCAAGAGACAUUUACGAUGCCUUAGACACGUACUUUACCGAGGAUUUGCUCCAGCUGGACAAUGAAGAGGUCAAAAGGUCUCUCACAAUCACGGAGCUUCCAAAGAUUCUUCAAAUCCAGAUACAAAGAGUUCAAUUUGAUCGAGAAAGGCUUAUCCCUGUGAAGUCAAUUGAGCCGCUUCCAUUCAAGGAAGACCUCUAUAUGGACCGGUAUAUGGAAACUACAGACAGUGAACUUAUCUCAAAGAGAAAGGAGGUUUUCAGGUGGAAACGGCAGAUUGCCGAACUUCAGGAACGCCGAAGGAAGCUUACCGAACCUAAUGACCAUGGUCUGUCUCUUCGGGAUGCUCUUGAUUCCACUAGACAAUUCCUUAAGUCACAGAUUCUCAACGAUAUCGGGGUUCUAGUUGACUCGAACAUAUUUGAGGUUCUUGAUGAGCAAAUUUCUAAAAUUGACGAGCAAUUAAACUUUAUUAAGAGCGAGGUCGAGAGAUUACAAAAUCUGAUCACCAAUCAGUUCAGUGAUCUCAACAAUAUCGGAUACUCAGUGUUUGCAAUUUUCAUCCACCGGGGACAAGCUUCCUAUGGCCAUUACUGGAUUUACAUCAGAGAUCCAAAGUCCAACCUCUACAGAAAAUACAAUGAUGAAAUAGUGAGUGAGGUGCCUAUAGAAGAGGUGUUGAACUUCAGCGAGAACAACAGCGCAACUCCAUAUUAUCUUGUCUUCGUGAAGAACGAACUUUUGGACACGAUCCAGCCUCUGAAAAGGGAGAUUAGAGAGAGUUCCCAACACGUUCCGGAUCAAUGACACUCAUCAAAGCUUGGUCAAUGUCUUUGAUGAGGUCUUCAUAGUCUUCGCAGCCAACACUGAUCCUCAGAAGAUUGCUAUUUGUCGAUGGGCGGGCGAAGUUUAGGUUUUUGGAUGCUAGCUCGACCACGGUUUCACCUCCCUCGAUGUUUGGGUUGUUACUCAGAAAAUUGAAUUUUGUGAGAAUGAUAUCUGCCAGUUCUUCGCUUUUAAACUCAAUGGCCAGCACAGGGUUGUAGAAUCCAUUCAGUUGUUGUUUGACAAAGGGAUCCAGCUGAAGAGAAGAAUGAUGCAGUUUAUUGAUCACCAUACUAUACUUGUCCAUGCUUUCUCUGAGAUAGGUGACUAUUCUUUCAGUGUUUUGACACUGGGUUAGCAUUCUCAUUUUAUACGUUCUUAACGACCUCAGUAGCAGGAAGGAGUCAAAGUUGGCAAUUGUAGUCCCGAGAGAGUGUCUUUCGCUGUGGAGAUUUGCUUUAUCUGUUUUUUUCUUGCUCACUACAAAACCUGCUCCCAGAUCAGAUACUCCAGCCAAGUAUUUCACCGCAGAAUACACAACGUAGUCCGCACCGUACUUGAAUGGGAACUGUAGCGGAGGUGGAGCAAGAGUGGAGUCCACUAUGAGAUAUGAUUGUUUUUCGUGAGCAAGUCUCGCAAACUUCGCGAUAUCUAAUACAUAGCCUUCAGGGUUCAUGGGCGUCUCGAUAAGAAUAACGGAUUUAGGUUGAAGUCGCUCUGUUUCUUCAAGCGUCAAUUUUUGGAGUCCUGUGAGCUUGGAAAGCAGUUUGAUAACUCGAUGCGUUCCUUGGUAUCCUGAAUUAUUGAUGCAGAUCAUAGGCGGAUUCAGAUAGGAGAGAAUUCCCAUGAUGGCAGAGGUGCCAGAAUUAUAUAUGGUAGCGUACCCUUCGGUGAUAUUCUCGAGGAUUUUUUCCACCUUUUCAGAGUUUGGAUGCGAUCCUUUGGAGUACUUGAAGUUCUCGAGUACAUACGGUUUGCGCGAAUGCUGGUUUUGUAGUGGAUUUUGAAUAGUUGGAUAGUAUGGCAAUUUUUCAGGCUGUGGAGGAGGAAUCGUGGAGGGUGAUUGGAAUUC